AUGGAGGCUGUCGCACUCGCUCCUCGCGUGCCAGUUGCGCUUUCCCAGCGAAAAGCUGUCGCAGGAGCUUCGAGCCAGCGUGCUCGCUCCCUCGCAGCUCCCCAGCAGCAGCGCUGGCGAUGCUUGUCUUCCUCGUCGUCGAGCGUCGCAGGAGUGUCGCUCCUGAAAUCCUUCGCACAGGCACGCAGUGCUAAGACCGGAAAGGCCUCGGCGUCUCGUCUGGUAGUACAGGCAAAGGACGAGUCUUUCGAUUAUGAUCUUAUCAUUAUCGGCGCUGGCGUCGGUGGUCAUGGCGCUGCUCUGCACGCCGUCGAGCAGGGCCUGAAGACGGCCAUUAUCGAGGGUGACGUUGUGGGAGGCACAUGCGUGAAUCGCGGGUGCGUGCCGUCUAAGGCGCUUCUCGCCGUCAGCGGUCGCAUGCGCGAGCUCAAGGACGAGCAUCAUCUCAAGUCGCUCGGUAUCCAGGUCGCAGCAGCGCAGUACGACCGGCAAGCGGUGGCAGAUCACGCGAACAACCUGGCUGCGAAAAUCAGAGGCAACCUAACCAACUCGAUGAAGGCCAUUGGUGUCGACAUUCUCGAUGGCUUUGGCUCCCUCGUCACCCCUCAGAAGGUGAAGUACGGCAAGCCGGGCGCGGCGGAGAAGACAGUGACGGCGAGAGACGUGAUCAUCGCCACCGGCUCCACGCCCUUCGUGCCCCCUGGCAUCGAGGUCGACGGCAAGACGGUGUUCACGAGCGACGAGGCCCUGAAGCUGGAGUGGAUUCCCGACUGGAUCGCCAUUGUGGGCAGCGGUUACAUUGGCCUCGAGUUCAGCGACGUGUACACCGCUCUGGGAGCUGAGGUGACGUUCAUCGAGGCCUUGGACAUCAUCAUGCCGGGGUUCGACCCUGAGAUUGGCAAGCUGGCGCAGAGGGUGCUCAUCACCCCGCGCAGCAUCGACUACCACACGGGCGUGCUCGCCAAGAAGAUCACCCCUGCUCGGGACGGCAAGCCAGUGCAGAUCGAGCUGGUGGACACCAAGACGCGGGAGUACAAGGAAACGCUCGAGGUCGAUGCGGCUCUGAUUGCCACUGGCCGGGCGCCAUUCACCAAGGGUCUUGGUCUUGAAAAUGUGAAUGUUACCACAAACCGUGGGUUCGUGCCUGUGAAUGAGACCAUGCAAGUGCUCGACUCUGAGGGCAACGUGAUUCCCCACCUGUACUGCAUUGGUGACGCGAACGGCAAGCUGAUGCUGGCGCAUGCGGCGAGUGCGCAGGGCAUAUCAGUGGUUGAGAACAUAAAGGGCCACAGCAACGUGCUCAACCACCUCUCUGUGCCCGCUGCCUGCUUCACCCACCCCGAGAUCAGCAUGGUCGGCCUCACAGAGCCCCAGGCACGCGAGAGGGCAGAAAUAGAGGGCUUUGAAGUGAGUGUGGCCAAGACAAGCUUCAAGGCCAACUCCAAGGCGCUGGCAGAGAACGAGGCAGACGGCAUGGCUAAGGUGGGUUAUGUUCAGAAGGGUGGCGUAGUGAUGAUCUACCGCCCAGACACUGGGGAGAUCCUGGGCGUGCACAUUCUGGGGCUGCAUGCAGCUGACCUGAUUCACGAGGUCUCCAACGCCAUGGCCACCGGCCAAACCCUCAAUGACAUCAAGUUCGCCGUCCAUGCCCACCCAACUCUCUCCGAAGUCAUUGAUGAGCUUUACAAGAGCGCCAAGGUAGAGUCCAUGUUAUGUGAAAUUUCUCAUUCACAGUCCCAUGGUGGUUGGGGUCACGUUUUUGCUCUUUCAGCAUUAGGUCCCCCCUCGGCCAACUCUCAAGGAAAGUUCCUCGGCGUGUUUGGGUCAGGAAACGCAGGCGGAUCAGGAGUAUCAGGAGGGGGACUGGGGGGACUGGGAGCGAAUGGCAAUGGCAGCAGUGGCGGUAUCAGCAGCAGCGGGAUGGCACCUGGAGAGAUGGGAGGAGGCGGGGUGAUGGGAGGAGGAGCGGGAGUGGUGGGGGAAGGAGUGGUGGGAGGGGAUAUUGGGGGCGAUGGCGUACCGAUGGGACCUCAUGUGCACCAUCACGUGACACCUGAUGGACGGUGGGUAUGCAUGACCAUGGAUGAUUAUGUGAGGAUCAUGGAUGACUAUGUGAGGACCAUGGCUCCUCAAGGGGCGAUGGCACACCGAUGGGACCUCAUGUGCACCAUCACUGUAGUCGCAUAUGAGACGGUACAAGACCGCCUGCUGAACGUGUUCCGCAAAGCCGCAGGCUACAUCUGGUCCUUCUCGCACACCGUUGCGCGCGUCGAUGUCGUCCGUCCCAUCACCACCUCCCACCGCCGCCGCCGCUACUACGAUAAGGAUGACAAUGGGAGGGGACCGGGCGGCAUAAGCAGCAGCUACUUUGGCGCGAGGGAUAGCUCGCCUGUGUGGCGGGCGAGGAGGCAGGGGGGGAGAGGGAGGAGGCCGGAUGAGGACGAGGAGGGGGGGGUGAUUCAGGGGAUUAAUCACGGGUUGUAUGGGGAGGGGGCACGGCUGAAGCUGAUGCAGAUCUGGGACUUUCCGGAUAAGGAGACUGGAAAGCCCAGGCUUCCGUAUGGGCUCAACUUUGGAGUGGGGGCGAAUUACGAGGUGAACGGGAGUCGCCUGGAGCCAAAGCUGAGGAUCCGAACCCCCCAUGUGGCCCUGCACCUGCUUCCCGAGCCUGACAUUGAGCAUAUCACUGUGCCCUCUCUCUCUCAUUCCUCGUCUCACCUCUGCAGCCUGCCUCUGCGUUCCUUUGACCGCUUCUGGGAUCGGGCUGCCGGAGUGGGGCUGUCAGUGAACCUCUUCAACCCCAUUGGCACGGGAUUUCACCUCUCCCCCGGUGGAUUGGAGUUUGACGAGCAGGUGGUUAAGUUAGGCAAGCACACGAAGCUUCGUCUGGCCGCAACGUUCAUAUUCGGUCGGACAGGAUCGUUCGGGAGCAUGAUGGUGCUGGGGAAGGUCGCAACUCCCAGCGCGUUAGGGGCCAGCAAGAGCGGGAAGCUGGUCGUGCCGAAGCCGGUUAACCUUCCGUCGCUGCGACGGGAGCACGCGGGCAACGAUCCGUCCGUCUCGCUUGUUCCCGCGAGCAGCACAGUCUCAGGAUGGCAGAGACCGCUAGGAGGGAAGCCGCAAGGAGAAGGGACGUCUGCAGCUACUAAUUCAUUAUCAGGAUCUUCAUCAGCAUCAGCGACAGCAGCAACAGCAGCAGCGGCAGCAGCAGCAGCAUCAACAGCAGGAGUAUCAGCUGCAGUUCGUUCGUCAGGUGCGACACACGAGGCGCGACGGUGCGUCUCGCUCUCUCCUCCUCCUCAAGGUUUCGACUUCCCGCCGAUUUCAGCAGCAGGAACAGCAGCAGCAGCAGCGGUCUCUGGAGCCGAGCCGAAUGGCGCCUCCUCGGCGCACCGACCUGGGGUGUACCAACCACCAGGCUCACGUGGCGGUAGCAGUGCCACGUCAGCCUCCACGUCAGCUGUUUCGGCAGUUGGCAGCACCGGGGUUGUUUUACGUGGGGAGGAUUUCCCCUCAUUGGAUGAUGCGACAAAGAAGCCAGCAAGCGGUGUUACGGCGAGCGUCGGACGCGGUAAGGAGCAACAGGGCAAGAAGAAGACGAAGGCAUUAGAGGCUAAUAACGGGGAUGAGCUGGCGCGAUCGGCGCAGGAGCGCGGGGGAGGGGACGAGGCAGGUCGGGCGACGGGACGGUCCCAGGGUAACGAUGCGGCGACGAAACGGGUUACCAGUGGGCGAUGGGGUGACGAAGAAUCGGAUCACGAGCAGAACGAACGAGAUCCUCUGUCCGGAUCACAGCCUAACAAGGCGCCGGAUUAUAUUGCCAGAGACCAAGGAGGCGAGGCUUCUGGCGAUUCCGCUACUUUUGGUGGAGAUAGGAUGGACAGACAUCCCCGCUAUAAGGAGAACGAGAGACCGACCAGGCAUGGCGAUGGCAUGCUUCCGCCGAAUCGGUUCGGUCCGCCACCCGGGGGAGGCUUCCGCCGACCUUCCCCCCCGCGCAGAGCAUGGGCGGACGAUGAGCGGGACCUUGCGCCACCCCAACCCUAUCCGCCGCCAGGGGGGAGAAUGCCUUUCCCGCACAGAUUUGACGGUCCGAGGGGUCACUUCGACGGUUAUGGUCCCCCCAUGGGUGGAGAUCCGGGGGGGUUUCAUGCUAACGGAUGGGAUUCUAGAGAGGGCUUCCGCGAUUAUGGGCCGAGAAAUGGCGCCAGGGAGUGGCACGGGGAUCCGCGGCACGGCGAGGCGGCCAUGUGGCGCAGGGAGGACGCGCACGGAUGGGCGGAACGGCCUCCAGCGGGGAGAGGCGGAAGAGGGCCGGGACCAGGGCCCCCAGGACCCCCAGGCCCCCCGGGUCCGCCGGGUCCGCCAGGCCCCCCGCCCCACCCAGGCCUCCCAGGUCCCCCGGGUCCCCCAGAUCCCCGAGGCCCCCUGGGACAAGCGGGGCGGCCAGGGCCGUUAGGUCCGCCGGGGCCGCCGGGACUGCUAGGGGCGCCGGGGUCAGGAGCAGCAGGGGCCCCGCCAGGGCCGCCUUUCCCGGGUGAGUAUGAGCGGUACGGCCCAAUGGGGGAUGGGGGGAGAGGCAGAGGGGGUAGUGGCGGUGGGUACGGUCCGAGGGGGGAAUUUGCCAGGGGUUUCGGGCCAGGCCAGGGUUUUGGCCCCGGUCAGGGUUUUGGACCCAGUCAGGGGUUUGGUCCUGGUCAGGGUUUUCCGCCGGGUCAGGGUUUCAGGCCGAAUAGGGAAGGAGGAGGGAGGGGCAUGGGCCCGGAAGUUUUUGCCCAUGGGCCGAGGCUGGAAUUGCAGUCCCUGCCACGUGUAGGGGUUGAACCUCCGCCUAGCCUUGGGCUUGGUAUGCUGGGGCAGCUGAGGCGAAAGAAAUUGGAGGGCGAGGGUGGGCGGUCGGAGUUUCGAGAUGUGGAAAGAGAGCGGUUUGAAGCGGAGCUAGAGAUGCUGCAGUCGCAGAAAGAUAAGGAGAAGGUGAGGAAGGAGGAGCAGGAGCAGCGGACGGCGGAGGUGGCGAGGCAGCAGCAGGAGGAGGCGGUGAGGAGGGAAAGGGAGGAGGAGGAGAAGAGGCGUAGGGUGGAGGAAGGGGAGAGAGAGGCGGCGAGGAGGGUUGCGGUGGAGGAGGAGGAGGCGGUGAGACGGGUGGAGGAGGAGAGGAGGAGAGUGCAGGAGGAGAAGCGGAAGAUUCAGGAGGAGGAGGAGAGGAGGAAGGAGAAUGCGAGGAGGAAGUUGGCUGAGUUGGAGGAGCGCAUUGCAAGGAGGAAGGCUGAGGAGGAGGAGAGGAAGAGAAGGGAGGAGGGGAAGGAGGAGGAGGGGAAAGGGGGGGAGGAGGGAAAGGGAGCAGAGGAGCAGUGUGGGGCGCUGAUUGGUGCUGGGCUGGAGCAGCAGGGUGGGGCCUCGGUGAGUGCGGCGGAGUUGGGUCUUGAGGAAAAGAGUGCGGUGCUUGGGGAGGGGCGAGAACAUGCGGUGGAGAUGCAGGGGCAGGAGCAGGGGCAGGAGCAGGGGCUUGGGCAGAAUGGGCAGAUUGAGCAACAAGGAAAAGUCGCACCAGAAUGUUCUCAAGAGGAAGGAGCUGCAUUUGGGGCUAAGCCUGCUGAUCGUGAUGGCGGCAGCAUCCAGGAAACUUCAGAGUCAACUCAAGAGGCUGGUGGUGAGGCUGAGAGCGGUCAAGAGAUUGCAGAUAAGGACGAGAAGAAUGGAAUUGUUGCUGACGUGGCAAAAGGUGACACGUGGGCGGAUCGCGAGGGGGUUUGUGGUGAGGAGAAAGCGAUAGGGGGCGAAGUGGGAGGGGUGGGUGGGGAGAGGUUUCAAGAGGAGAUGAAUCAGGUCGGGGGAGAGGGAGGAAGAGGGGUUGAGGCAGGGGAAGGAGGCGACUCCCAGCUGAACCUGCACAAAGCACAGCAGCAGGUGCAGCAGAAGGAGCACCAGGAGCUGCAGCAGCAGCAGCAGCAGCAGCAGCAGCAGCAGCAGCAGCAGCAGCAGCAGCAGCAGCAGCAGCAGCAGCAGCAGCAGCAGCAGCAGCAGCAGCAGCAGCAGAAGCAAGAGGAGCAGCAGAAGCAGCAGGUGGGGCCUUUGGCUGGGUCCGCCCCUGUCCCAUCACUCUAUCACGUGAGUGCGGAUGCGAGGCAGAAAGGCAUGGGCGAGGGACAGCAAGACGCGAGUCAGCAAGGCAACCACACAAGUACUCAGCGGCUCUUUGACCCUAGUGUUCGCACGGAAGGGCCUUCGGCUGGGAAGUAUGCGGGUGGUGAGACUCAUAUGAAAGGCGAAGGCUCAGACCGGGCCGGGUUUGGGUUUUCGCCGUGGAAUCAGCAUCAGCUGCAGCAGUACCAGCAGCAGCAGCAGCAGCAGCAGCAGCAGCAGCAGCAGCAGCAGCAGCAGCAGCAGCAGCAGCAGCAGCAGCAGCAGCACCAGGUGCAGGGACUUUCGUUUCCUGCGUAUGGGUUUCCUGGCCCAGGCCCUCUCUUGCGCUCCCAUCAGUUCGCCCCACCGUACCCCCACUUCCCUGCGAUGCAGCAGCAGCAUAUGCACCCCCACCCCUUCCACCAGCCAUUCCCGGGGCAGCAGCAGCAACAACAGCAACAGCAGCAGCAGCAGCAGCAGCAACAGCAGCAGCAGCAACAGCACCAGCAGCAACAGCACCAGCAGCACCAGCAACAGCAGCACCAGCACCAGCAGCACCAGCAGCAGCAGCAGCAGCAGCAGCAGCAGCAGCAGCAGCAGCAGCAGCAGCAGCAGCCACCGUUGCUGCACCGGCCGCCUGGGCUUGCUCCUGGGUUUCUCGCCCAUGGGAAUUCUGGCCGCGGCUUUGCCUCAUUUUCUGACAAUACCCCAGCAGUGGGAGCAGUGGGGCAAGCGGGGCCAGUAAAUUCAGUGGGUACUGUGAAUUCAGUUUCAGCUGGAGGAGCAGCAGGGGAUGGAGCAGGAGGAAGAGGAGCAGCAGGAGGAGGAAGGGAAAGUGGUGGUGUGGCAGCGGGUAGGGCGGGGCACCAAAGGAAGGACGAGUUUGGAGGGAGAGAAAUUGGUGGUGGGAGAGAGGCAGGCAGUGGAAAAGAGAUGGACAGUCAGGGACAGAAACAGUUCGCAGAGAUUGGGAAUGGUGGUGGGGUGGUGGUGAGGGACAGUCGAUGGGGAGAGUCUGGGUCCGGGCAGUAUAUGGAAUGGAAAAGGAUAGGCCCUGAACCUGCUCCCGGUAUUUUUCUUGGGCAGGCUCGGCAGCCUGGAGCAGAGCAGUGGCAGGGGCGGGCUGGUUUCGGGCAGGAGGAAAUUUCUGGAGGAUCAGGACGGGCAGAAGGGCGAAAUUGGGCAAAUCAACUGAAUGGAGUAGGAGGGAGGGAUGGGCAUGAGAGGAGGGGAGAGAUGGGGCAGCAGAUAUGCAAUUUAGGGUUGCAGGUGGGGAAGGUUGAGGGAGAGGGGAGGGCAGAGGGGAGGGAGAGGGGAGGGAUGGGGGGGAUGGGUGUGGAGCAUGACUCGGAAAUGAGUGAAUCUGAGAGUCUUCCUGCUGAUGUGGUGAAUGAAUUGGGGGCGCUGCUGUCAGAUCGAGACGAGGGUAUGUCUGAUAGAGAGGAGGGACUCCUGGGUGAUAAUGAGCGGGAGGUGAUAGGUGGAGAAGAGAAGGAGAAGAUGGGGGGAAACGAAGGACCUGAUUCUGUUCAAAAUGAGGGAGCGGUGGGUGAUCAGGGAAUUGUGGGUGGUAAGGGAGGGGUGGAAGCGGAGGGGAAGCAGCUUUCAGUGAGAGAUGGAGAGAGGGCAAGUGGGGUUGAAGAAAGUGGGAGCGGGACUGCCCCUGCUGCUGCAUCUGCUACACUGGCUGCACCUGCUGCUGCAUCUGCUGCUAGUGCUGCUUCCAAGCCAAUCCUCCCGUCCCUGAUGCUUUCUUCUGGAGCCCCUUUUGUCAUUCAAAUUGGUUCUGUACCUCUCACUGUUGGCGGUCCUGCCCAGCUGUCCGGGCAGAGUGAAACUUCUGGAGCGUGCCCUGUGCCGAUGUUUCAGUUCGGGCAGAUUGGGGUGCCGGCAUCAGUGUCACCUCCUCUGCAUGCCGGUGGUCGACCCACUGGGUCUGAUGUUUCAGGGAUAAGCACGCAAAGAGACAUGCCACAGCAGCCGCCACUGAACCAGCAGCAGCAACCACCAAAGCAGCAGCAGCUGCCACCACCAAACCAGCAGCAACAGCAGCAGCAGAAGAGUGAGGGAGCAGCUGAUCAGGUAGCUUCGAGGAAGGAGGUACCUGUGCAAAGAGUGGUGGCACUAGAGCCGUUGCUGCCCCUUCCAGUUUCAGCGGCUGUUCCUGGCAGUGGUGGGGCAGCAGCAGCUGCACUGCCAGCAGCAGCAGGAUCGACAGCGGCAGCACGAGUAGGAGCAGGAGUAGGAGAAGGAGCAGGAGCAGGAGCAGGUGGGGCAGCAGGAGCAGCAGCACCAGGAGCAGUGGUGGUGGGAGGGACGGUAGGCGGGGAGCAGAAGGAUGGUGCUGGUGCAGGUGUGAUGGUGGCUGAUCGCAGGCAAGCAGUGGGGCGGGGAGGGGGGGUUCAGAGGAAGGGGAAGGAGCAGCUGAGGCAGGGAGGAUUCGAGGGAGCCUCGGUUGCUGGUGCGGUAAAUGGUCCGGUAGCUGGCUCGGUGACAGGUGCGGCAGCUGGUCCGGUGACAGGUUCGGCGGCAGCUCCGGGGCCUGGUUCGGCAGCAGGCACGACUCCUGCUUGGUUUGUUGCUCAGGGCGUGAGGGUUCAGGAGGCGAGGGUAGGACAGUAUCUUGAGGUGCAAGGAGCAGGGUAUUCUGAGAUUCGAGGGAGUGAUGGUGUGGUGGUGAGGACGAGGAUUGGAGGAAGGGGAGGAGGCGGGGAUAGGAGGAGGGGUGGCGGAAGGGGGGGAAGGGGAGAUGUGGUGGGGAGGCAGGCUGAAAGUGUAGCUGAAACCGUUGCUGAAGCUGCAGAUGCUGCUGCUGAUGGUGCAAGUGGGUUGGUGCAGCCAGGGUCCUCACCAGGGGUGACUGCUGGGCCUGCUAAAGGAACAGAGCAUCUGGCAGGUUCCGAGAGUGAAAUGGCUUCAGGUUCUUCUUCAGGUAUUUUUUCAGGUGGUUCAGACAGUGGAGUGUCAGAGGUGGAAGGGGCUUAUGAGAGUGCGGAGGGGUCUGAAGGGGGGGAGGAGAGAGGGGAGCAUGAGGUUGGGAGAACAGAAGAGAGGGAGCAGCAAGAGAAGGAGCUGAAACAGGAAGGCAAAGAAGAAAAGGGGGCGGCGAAUGGGCAAAGGGAGGGGGAGGUGACAGGAAGCUCGGACUCACAGCUCAACUCGAAGGGGGGAAAUUCAGUAGUCAGUGCAAACGGGGAUGGGAUUCAGCAAUCACAGCCCGUUUCAGGUGACGGAGACAAGCAGAAGCAGCAGCAGUCGAAGCGAGCAGUGAGCAUUUGUCGGCCCUUCUCCAUGUUCCCAACCGCCUUCCUCUCCUCCUUGGGGUUCCUCUCUGGCGCCUCCUCCUCCGCCUCCUCCCCUUCCUCCACCUCUCCUCCCGCAGGGAAAACGUCAGCAGAGGCCCCAUCGAAAGCUGUAUCCCAGGGACCAACUGUUUCAGCAGGAGGCUCCCAAGUGGAGCCCCGCGCAGGGUAUAGGGGCAGAGAGAGGAAGGGGAAGAAUUCGGGUGGGGGGAAGGAAGGGGCGGGAGGGGGGAGGACUGGGCAGCAGGGCAGCAAGCAGCGGGCAGGCGUGAGGACAGAGGCUCCUGAAGCUGGAUCUGGUGCUGGCGGCAGCAAGAGUGGUGGAAGCAAGGAGGAGAGAAGAGAAACGGGUCAUGGGCAUACGAAGCUUGACUGGCUGGUCUCAAGGCUGGAGAAUCUAGGGGAUUCGGAGGUGCCGCUGGGAGGAGGGAUAGUGAAGAUGAAGGAACAGCAGCAGCAGCAGCAGCAGCAGCAGCAGCAGCAGCAGCAGCAGCAGCAGAAGCGCAAACACCCAAUUCCUCCUCAUCUUCCCGCCCCUGAGCCUGUGAAAGCCACUCCUGCAUUGCUUUCUGCAACUGCAUCAAGAGCUAUCCCUGUCACGCAUGCUGUGCCAGCUGUGGCACCCCCUCCCAUGAUACUUGUCACUCCUCCCAUGGCUGCUCCGGUGGCUGCUUCAGUGGUGGUUGCUUCGGCGGUUGCUCCGUUCGGGCAGGUGGGUCAGCCCAUGCAAGCAGGCAUUCCCCAGUCAAAUUUUGGGCCGGUUGGAGGAGCGGGGCAGGAAGGAUUGGGGCAGGUAGGUAUGGGGCAGGUAGGAGUGGGGCAGGCAGCCAACUCAACAAACUCUCUCACCAGCGCCGCCCCUGCUUUCCGAUACCAGCGCUCCAGCGCGAUUGACGAUCACCGGUUCCCAGAGACGCUGGGAGAUGGGGACACCACGUUGACUUCUUUGACUGCCUUGACUCCAGCCACCGCACUCAGCUCCUCUGCACCGCAGCCAACUGCUCACAACCUCUCCUCUCGGCCUCUGCUGCACUUGCACGCCCAGCAUGCCCUGCCUCCCCUGCAGCCUGGUGCUUACCGUGGGCCUGUGCUUGGUGUGCCAGGGCUGCAGCAGUCUGGAGUGGUGGUGCAAGGGAGCAUGGCAGGAGCACAGACAGCACCACAGUCAAUGGCACAGUCAGCAGCAUCACAGUCAGCAGGAUUGGGGAUGGUAGGAGCGGGUGGUUUGCCUGUUCCUCUUCCCAACGUCUACCUUUCACAGCUUGGGCCUGUACCUGUAGGAAUGGCAGGAGGUCUGGCAGGAGGAAUGGCAGGAGGAAUGGCAGCCUCACAGCAGUAUGGAAAUAGGUUCGGAGGAGGCUCGGACCAAGGCAUGGGCUACUACCAAGGCAGGCCUGCUGGCCCGGGUGGGAACAAGAGGCGGCCUCGCCAGCCGCCGAGGCUCACCCGAGCCUCCGGCGGAGGUUCGGGAGGAGAUGGUCUGGCUCAGCCGCAGGAGGGAGCGAAGAGCCACGUGCGGAGGGACCUGCUGCUGCAGAUUCAGGCAGCCGUGCAGAAGCAGUGGGAGGAGGAGAAGGUGUUCGAGGCCACGGCCAAGGAGGGAGCAGCUGCGGGGUCUGGCCCGCGUGAUGAUCGCUUCUUUGGCAACUUCCCCUACCCCUACAUGAAUGGGCUGCUGCAUCUGGGUCACGCGUUCACCCUCUCCAAGGUGAGACUGAGUCACCGAGGCCUGUGUUACACAGCUGCGGGGUCUGGCCCGAGGGAUGACCGCUUCUUUGGCAACUUCCCCUACCCCUACAUGAACGGCCUGCUGCACCUGGGCCAUGCCUUCACUCGUUCCAAGGUGGAGUUUGCAGCGUCGUACCACCGGCUGAGGGGAGCUAAUGUGUUGUUCCCCUUCGGCUUCCACUGCACUGGCAUGCCCAUUAAGGCGUGUGCGGACAAGCUAGCACGUGAGAUGGACACAUACGGCUACCCGCCCCAGUUUCCCAGCGAGGAGGAGACGGCAGCUCUGGAAGCGCUCUCCAUUGCGGAGGGCAGUGCUGCUGCAGAGGGGGGGGAUGGGGCGGCCGCGGACGGGGCUAAGGGGGAGGAGCAGAAGGCUCCUGGGCAGUUCAAGGGGAAGAAGUCCAAAGCUGCUGCCAAGACAGGAACGGCCAAGUACCAGUGGGAGAUCAUGCGGUCCAUGGGCAUGUCAGACGAGGAGAUCAAGCCCUUCAAAGACCCUGCGCACUGGCUCACCUACUUCCCCCCUAUCGCUGUGGACGAUCUCAAGGCGUUUGGGCUGGGAGUGGACUGGCGCCGUUCUUUCAUCACCACGGACAUGAACCCCUACUAUGACUCCUUUGCACGCUGGCACCUGCAGACACUCUACAACAAGGGCAAGGUGGUGAAGGAUCGGCGCUACACCAUCUUCUCUCCUCUGGACGGGCAGCCCUGUGCGGACCAUGACAGGGCGUCAGGGGAGGGCGUACUGCCUCAGGAGUACACGCUCAUCAAGAUGCAAGUCGUGCCGCCGCUCACAGGCAAGCUCGAGGCUCUUGCAGGCAGAAAUGUUUUCCUCGCCGCUGCCACGCUGCGCCCGGAGACCAUGUACGGGCAGACAAACGCUUGGGUGCUGCCUGACGGGCAGUAUGGCGCGUUUGAAGUGAACGAAGCGGGCGACGUGUUUGUGGUAACCAAGCGAUCGGCUCUGAACCUCUCCUACCAGUUUCACUCCAAGGAGUUCGGCAAGCCGCACUGCCUGCUGGAGCUGACGGGGCUCGACCUGAUUGGGCUGCCUCUCAAGGCGCCUCUGACGCCCAACCCGGUCAUCUACGCCCUGCCCAUGCUCACCAUCCUCACGGACAAAGGCACGGGAGUGGUGACGAGUGUGCCCAGUGAUGCACCAGAUGACUACAUGGCACUGCAGGACCUCAAGAGCAAGCCGGCCCUGCGAGCCAAGUUCAACGUGAAGGAUGAGUGGGUGCUGCCAUUCGAGGUCAUCCCCAUUAUAAACAUCCCCGAGUUUGGCGAUGCAGCGGCAGUCAAAGUGUGCCAGGACCUCAAGAUCCAGAGCCAGAACGACAAGGAGAAGCUGGCCGAGGCUAAGAGACUCACUUACCUCAAGGGUUUCACGGACGGAGUGAUGCUGGUGGGCGAGCUCAAGGGGACCAAGGUGCAGGACGCCAAGCCGCAGAUCAAGAAGCUUCUGGUUGAACGAGGUGAAGCAGUACCCUACAGUGAACCAGAGAAGAGGGUGACAUCGCGGUCAGGAGAUGAGUGUGUGGUGGCUCUCACAGACCAGUGGUACCUCACGUACGGCGAGGAGCAGUGGCGCGCCCUGGCAGAGGAGUGCCUUGCGGGCAUGCAGCUUUACAACGAGGAGACCCGGCACGGGUUCCAGCACACGCUGGGGUGGCUUGAUAGGUGGGCGUGCUCACGUUCCUUCGGCCUGGGCACGCGCAUCCCGUGGGACCCACAGUUCCUCAUUGAGUCGCUCUCCGACAGCACCAUCUACAUGGCCUACUACACGCUCUCGCAUAUUCUCCAGGAGGGCGACAUCUUUGGCACGUCAGGCAAGCAGAGCAUCAAGCCGGAGCACCUCUCCCACGCCCUCUGGGACCAUCUGCUGCAGGGCGCUCCCAAGCCCGCCGAUUGCCCUGUGCCUGAUGACGUGCUGCAGCGUGCACGCGCGGAGUUUGAGUACUGGUACCCGUUUGACCUGCGAGUGUCGGGGAAGGAUCUGAUCAACAACCAUCUCACCUUCGCCAUCUACAAUCACACCGCCAUGUUCCCCAAGGAGCAAUGGCCAAGGGGAUUCCGCACCAACGGACAUCUGCUGCUCAACUCCGAAAAGAUGUCAAAGUCGACCGGCAACUUCAAGACCAUCCGCCAGGCCAUCGAGGAGUUCUCUUCGGACGCCACCCGCUUCGCCCUGGCGGAUGCAGGAGACACGGUGGAUGAUGCUAAUUUUGUGGAGGAGACUGCCAACGCCGCCAUUCUGAGGCUCACAAAGGAGAUGACGUGGAUGGAGGAGGUCCUAGCAUCAGCAGCCACAGAGGGAGGUCUGCGCACCGGAGACGAGCGAUCGUUUGCCGAUCGGGUGUUUGAGAACGAGAUCAACCUCGCUGUGGCUCUUUCCAAAGCGGCUUUCGACAACAUGCUGUUCCGCGAGGCCCUCAAAACAGGCUUCUUCGACCUGCAGCUUGCGCGCGACGAGUACCGGCUGUCGUGCGGAGCAGCGGGCAUGCACAAGGACCUGCUGAUGCGCUUCUGCAAAGUGCAGACGCUGCUGCUCAUGCCGAUCUGCCCGCAUUACGGAGAGCACGUGUGGAGAAACAUUUUGAAGCUGCCCGGGGCAGGCAUCACAGCGGGAUGGCCGGAAGCAGCGCCGGCUGACAUGACCCUCAAGGCGGCCAAUACGUACCUGCAGGACUGCAUAGUUGAUUUCCGCAAGCUCAUCACCAAGCAGGCAUCAGCGGGAGGAGGAAAAGCCAAGGGGGGGAAGGCAGCGGCAGUACCAAAGGAGGCGCCAAAGAUAGCGGUGGGGGUGGUGUUUGUGGCCGAGCAGUACGGCGGGUGGCAGGCGGAGUGCCUUGGGCUGCUGCAGAAGCAUUUCGACGCGGAGAAGCGGGUGUUUAAUGAUGAUGCUGGGCCGCUUGACGCUCUUAAAGCCAGCCCUGUGGGGCAGCGCCCGGACUUUAAGAAGCUGAUGGGGCAGUGCAUGGGGUUCAUCCGAUUCAAGAAGGAUGCUGCUCUGCUGCACGGCGCACAGGCUCUGGACGUGAAGCUGCAGUUUGACGAGGCCAACGUGCUGCGGGAGAAUGCUGACCUCAUCAAGCGCCAGCUGCAGCUGGAUCAGUUCUCGGUGUUCCUCACAUCAGAUGCCGAUGCUGUUGCUGCCGUCAACUCCAAGGACGCUGCCCGCAUCUCUGCUGCUGUUCCAGGCUCCCCUGGUCUAGAUUCCAUCCGGCCUGUUCCAGCGGGCCCCGCGGAGGGCAAACCGUCACUCACUGCGCCCGCGCCAGCGACGGAAUCCGCCAGCCAUGCUAUCGUGGAAGAACAUGCGGGCGCCGCCAGCGGUACGAGCGGCGCGGAAGGCGGCGCCCCCGCAACGUCGGCGCGUGGCGGAAGGGGACAGCGGGGUGGGCGAGGGCGACAGCGGAGUGGUCGAGGGCGCGGAAGGGGAGGGGCGGGCGCGGAGAGCGGAGGGGAUGGAGGAGAGAGCGGGAGCGGUGAUGUGACCAACCAUCUCGGCGGAAAUGCGGAGGUCAGCGGCGGAGACGGAGGAGGCGGAGGCGGGGGAGGGUGCGGAGUUAUGGGGGGAGGCGUGGCGGGAAGUCGUGGCGGCGCGGGUGGCGGCGCGCAGUGCUCGUGCGUGUCGUUUUCCCCGGAGAUGCAGCGCGCGUUCUUCGAGCUGCACGCGCUGCGGCUCGGAACGGACAAGGCGACGUACGGCGACACGCUCGAGUGGCUGCUGAACGCCGCGAAACCCGCUAUCGAGCAGCUUAAAACGGGGACGGGAGGAGCGGGGGCAGGAGGCGGGGCGCGUUCCGCUAAGAGCGGCAAGAGGAGAAACCGCAAUCGACGUAAACAGGGGCAGAUGGGGGAUCAGCAGGGCGCGGGAGGGGAGGGGGGAGCGGAGGGCGGAGCGGGAGGGGAGGGGGGAGCGGAGGGCGGAGCGGGAGGAGCAGAAGGAGGGGGUGUAGGAGGGGGGGAGGGAGGGGGAGUGGGAGGGGGGGAGGGAGGGGGAGUGGGAGGAGUAGUAGGGGGGGCAACGUGA